GAAGCUGCUCGCACUGGGACAUUUUUUUUUCCUGCCUCAUCUGUUGCAAAGCUGUGGGAAGAGGUGGCUGUCCGUGCAUCCUGCCAGCUGAAACAGAAGAAACUUUGUGUUAACUUACACGGUAUCAGCCUGGGAGGAUGCAUUGAAGGAAGCAAAUGGGAGAAUCUGCGGAUUACUGCGCGCUUUGAAGCUGCGUAAAAACACAUCUGAUCUCUACUGGACUAUAUGAGCGAACUUUUCCUGUCUGUCUGCGGAACCAACAAGUUGCUUUGUUUUAGUGUCACGUUUAGAUUUACAGAAGUGGAACUGUUAAUGCCACUUUUUUAUGCGAUUGUUGAGUCUGCAGACUGAAAACUAAGACGCACCAAUCUGUCUGGAAGUCAAAGGAGGACUUUUUGGAGACUGCAGACAUGAGACUGUUUGUCAUCUGCGCGCUUCUGCUGUUAAACGUUACUCUUGGAGAUGCCUGUGCCAGCGGCCAGUUCACUGAAUCGGGCCAGUGUUGCAGUCUGUGUCCCGCUGGCUUCGGAGUGGAGGUGGAGUGUGGGAAAGAGGAUACCAAGUGCACACCAUGCCCACAGGGAAAGUUUUCCAUAUCCGAAGGCCUUGGUCCUUGCCGUCCCUGCGCCAAAUGCCCACCCAGUGUUCCCAUGUUUGCCUCUUGCUCUGCCAUUCAAGACACCCAAUGUGAAUGUGACAACGGCUACUUCUUGAGCGACCACGGCCUGUGUGCCCCGUGCUCCAAAUGCACUCUUGGCCAGGGUGCUCUCCGGGAGUGUGGCCCACAGGGAGACACAAACUGCCAGACCUGUAGCAGGGGAACAUUUUCUGAGGAGCAUAUCAGCACCAAACCCUGCCAGACCUGCACCCAGUGCUCCGACAGCGAGGUGGAGAUCCGACACUGCAUGCCCAACUCUGACACGCUGUGCAUGGAUAAGAAGCUGCACAUUCUGUCUCGUCCUCCUCUGGGUGGGUCUGAUGCUCCUAGCUGGACAGAUGUUGAGGUGGGGGAGACCAGUACUUCCCCUGGUGUGCCCAAGUUUACCCCGCAGGACGAGGGAGGCAACAACAACAUUCUGGCCUAUGUGUCUGUCCUGGCUGCCGUGGUGCUGGGCCUGCUUCUUUAUGUGGCUUAUAAAUGCUGGAGAUCAUGUAAACAGAAGAGGGCUCUUUCUAAGGCCCGAGCAGCUGAGUUGGGAGCGUCUCCAGAGGGAGAAAAGCUCCAAAGUGACAGCGGCGUUUUUCUGGACUCUCACAGCCUACAGGACAACCAGCCCAGCAAAGGUACUAAGAGGGACAGCAAGCAGGACAACCGUCAGUACAUCAACCUACCCCCCCACAGACAGGAAGAGGUGGAGCGCCUCCUGCAGGAGGGAGGAGGUCGGGGGUGGAGGCAGCUGGGCGCAGCGCUGGGCUAUGAGCCUGAACAGCUGGACCUGUUUGGGCACGGAGAGGCUCCCGCUCACACGCUCCUCUCUAACUGGGCCCAGAAAGAAGGCUGCACUCUGGGACCGCUCUGUUCUGCACUGGCCCGCAUUGAGAGGCCCGACGUGGUAACAGCUCUUAACUGCCCAACGCAGGGCGUUUCUUUAGUCUGAAGGCUCCUCAAACGCACGUAUGACACUAACAGACUCAAGUGAAGAACUUUCAUUGAAAUGACAAGGAAGGCACUCUGAUAUCAACACCUCUGUCACUGUCGGAGGCUGUCACUGAUGGUUCUGAUGCUUUGUUGGACACUUUUAAUUCAGUUUUUACGAAGAGAACAAAACAUUUUCUUGUAUCACUUUCCUGUGCCCCAGUUUAUGUCACAUGUUGAUUUUACAUGGAUCCAGCUGCAUGAAAGAAUCAUCAGAAGCAGCUCAUCUGGUCCGGAUCCGAUUUGGAUCCCUUCAUGAAGUGGCUCAUUCGUUCCGGACCCGUUACGGAUCCCUUAUUCCAAAUGGCUCUGGGCAAAACUAGCUACAGAAAUAUCAAAAAUCUAGCUGAACAACAUCUAAAUUGCUCUUUAAGAGCUUGAAUACUUCUUAUAACCAGUCUGACUUUAUUAAUAUUAAUAAAACAUUCAAUUGAUCCAAGACUUGAAAAAAUCUGAACCUAUCCUUUAAGCCACCCUGCGGUUCGCCAGGUAAAUGCUUUUACUGUGAAGCAGCAGAAGUAGAAAAAUUGGGUUAGUAGCAGUAAUUUAACAGCUCUGCUACUGUUGUAAGAGAGCCAGCAGUUAUCAGUGACACUCAUGUCCGAUAAAAUUAGUUACACUGGGGAACAUAAAUGCAUUGUUUCCUGUAAAUCCCAUACGCAAUUUUAUCCGAAGGUGGACUAUGCCUAUAUUGUCCCCUCUCUCUUUCCCCUUUUCCAGUAUAUCUGUCCUGACUAGCUAAUAAAGGCAAAAAGCCAAAUUAUACGGUAAUCU